UUUCAGACCAAUCAGAUCAAAGGAAAGUCUCCAGUUUGUCGAAAGUCUGAAGCAUGGCGAUACACGAUUAUCUGCAGAAAGAAGUCCUGGAUGGAUUCGAUAAUUACAAGUAUAGUGCCAUUGACACGAGUCCUAUUAGUAACUACAUCUACCAUCCAUUCUGGAACAGGAUAGUUAAGCUGGUGCCAGUGUGGGUUGCUCCAAAUCUCCUGACAUUUUCUGGCUUCGUGCUACUCAUUGUUAACUUUGCAGUGCUGACAUUCUAUGAUCCACACUUUUAUGCCUCCAGUAGGGACCAUCUAGAGAGUCCACCCAUCCCUAACUGGGUUUGGCUUAUGGCAGCUCUCAAUAACUUUCUUUCACACACAUUAGAUGGAAUUGAUGGUAAACAAGCACGCCGCACCAAAUCCAGCUCCCCGCUGGGCGAACUGUUUGAUCAUGGGCUUGAUAGCUGGGCAGCAUUCUUCCUGCCUGUUGGCCUGUACUCUAUAUUUGGGCGUGGAGAAUAUGGAGUUUCUGUGUACCGUGUAUACUUGGUUAUGAUUGGCAUUAUGCUGUGCUUCAUCACUUCCCACUGGGAGAAAUAUAAUACAGGCAUUCUUUUUUUGCCUUGGGGAUAUGACAUUGGUCAACUGGGGAUGACAUUGGUGUAUUUGAUCACCUUCUUCUAUGGUUAUGAAGUGUGGAAAUUUACCUUGCCUCUCUUACACAUCUCUACAGCAGAGUUCUUUGAAAUGUGCUGUUACUUGGGAUUCUUUGGCUUAACAUUUCCAUUCACAUUUUGGAAUAUUUACAAAUCUUAUGCUGACAAAUCUGGAAAGAUGAGACCUUUUGGCGAAGCCAUGCGACCCCUUGUAUCGACAUUGGUCCUGUUUGGGUUAAUGUUGCUAUGGGCAACUUUCUCUCCAUAUGGUAUCUUGGACAAUCAGCCUCGUCUCCUCUACUGGACAACUGGCACAGCCUUUUCAAAUAUUGCUUGCCAGCUUAUAAUUGCGCAGAUGUCAAACACACGAUGUGAACUCCUGAAUUCUAAGUUAUUGCCUCUCUUCUUUAUUGUGGCUAUGUCCCUUUUGAUGCCACUUGGUAUAUGGGAAGUUUAUCUACUUUGGGUGUACUGCAUUUAUGUCACCACAACACACAUAUGGUUUGGCAUUUCAGUGGUACAGGAGAUGUGUAUGCAUUUUAAAAUCAAUGCCUUUUCAAUCAAACCUGAAUUGGAUGUGGAGUGAUCAGCAAGAACUGUGCACAAAGCAUACGCUACAGUGAUUGUGAUCUCAGCUACUAAUGACAGACUUUCACUCAGUCCCAUUGUAUGCUUGAUACUUCAUUAGCCUGUCAUUAAUUAAUAACUUCAAGUUCAGUGCCAGAGGUUGGAGUGCUGUUUUUUAAUUUAUACUGAAAGGUGCAAUGAUGACAGGAGCAUUUCACACUGUGAUGCAAACAUUUUAAACUUACUAAUCCUUAAAUGAAUGUGUUAAGUGUGCUAAUGUCUUUAAACAUAACAUCUUUGGUGCUUUAAUCUGGUUUAACUUUGUGUAGGGUAACUUUGGGGUGUGCACAGUUGCAAGAGGAAUUUGCUAGAUAAUGACAGUCAAGAUUUUUAUUUGGUUAUGACCUUGUGCAGAAAAUGCAAUUGGAGUGAAGUAAGGAGGUACCUGUAACAUAAACAUAAUAAAUUGCUGUUCCCCCCCCACACACACACAACCUGAGACACUACUUAUGCAUUUUUUGUCCCACGUGUCCUCUCUAAUCUGUGUAUCCUCACUUUUAUACCUGCACACCUACCCAUGUGUAUGCACGUAGGUAAAUGGUCCGAUAAUUUUAGGUGUGUAAUACAUCAUCUUAAUCACAUGUUUGUAAAAGUAUUUCCAUUUCCAGCAUGUUUCAGUAUGGCUAGUUGACUGAUACAGAGCUUUGUUAGUCAUGGCAUUCUCAUCUUUUCGAAAAAGUGUUUUAUAGAAGUGUAAUAAUUCUUCUCUCCUUUGAUUUGCUUGUUAAUUUAUUCAUGAAUUUAACAAGUAACAUGUAAUAUUAAUACUAAUAGGUAUCUCAGGGAGUUGAAGUGGAGCAAAGUAUUUGUGCUUAUUUGUUGAAAGUAAGUGUUCUAUCAGCAGUAUUAAUUACUGCAUAUGCAGAUGCUUCAUUUUGCAUAAGCAGUCAUUUGGAAUCAUGUAUAGUCAUUAAUUAAAUUUCUGACCUGUAUCAUUUUUGUUAUGAUUUUGCCUUGAUGUUGCAUCAGAGACUACUUAUAAGCAUGCAGCUUGUGCAACAAUGUUAUUUGUUGAGACUGAAUGUGUGGUUUAUCAAUUUUUAAGAGAGAGAGGUGUGUGUGAUUUCAUCAAAAUAAGACUCUUUUUCAAAGAACUAAAAAGGAAAAAAGAACUGUGCUUCCAGAUCUAGUUCUGUUUAAGAUUAGAGAACUAGUCUUACUCCUUUCUACAUUUUUUUUGUCACAGUAUGCCUUGGUCUGUGUUAUCAGUCUGCUUAAAUAUUUUUCCUUUUUUUAUUUCUUAUUUUAAAGAGAAUUAGAGAAUCUAGUGUAUUUUUUUUAACAAAACUUGUGGUCUUACUAAUUUUGUGGAGAAGUUGGACAGUUGUAGAAUUUUUGUGAAAAAAGUCAACCACAGAACUUGAAUAAUCCAGUAAUGUUUAAAAUGUUAUGCUUAUUUACUGUAUUGUUAUGACAUGGUAGAUGCAGUAUUGCGGUGUCUUAAUGUGUGUCAAUUGAUGUUAAAAAAAUUAAAUGAUCCUGUCUUCAGAGAACAUGCUAACCAUAUCAUCUAUACGUGUCGAAAGCAUAUCCAUCUUGGUGUAGAAGCAUGUUCCCCUUAAAUCUGCUUGAUAUGGAGAUAAAUAGCACAAAUAAUAAUUGCUGAUAAGCUAGUCUUUUUCUCUGAACCAUAACCAGUUGUAUUCAUUGUGUGUUGGUGCAUCUUAAUUUUUGAAAUCUGCUCAAAUACUGCUUUACAAAUUUGUGUUGUAUGCUGUAUAUUGUAUAAAAUAUGUGAAUUGUACUUUGAUUUGUUUAGACUUAUGACCAUGAGGUCAAAAUUUGCACAUAAAUUGUUUUGAUUACCUUUUUUGUUGUUGAAUUUUUAGCUUUACCUGGAUACAUGCCAGUUUCUUGUUUAUAAUGGCAGUUUUCUCAUGUAAGAUUUUCACCACUCCAAUUAGCAUCAAUCCCUGUGCAAAACAUAGUAGUAGUGUUUUCUUGUAAAAUAAAAUGCUGUAGAAAUACACUUAGCUAAAGAAAGUAUUGCUUUUCAAAGGGCACAGAAAGUCUGAAGUCUCUACACUCUAGCAUCUGUCUUCUUGCCUGAAGACUUCUAAGUUGUCCUUUCUUGGUGUCUUAGACUAGUAGUGCUGCAACAUCACUAUUUCUAGUUCUUUUUUGUGUGUCGUUGUUUGAAACAUUUUAGCUGCUAACCAUGAUAUUACAUGCAGACUGCAGUUCACUUUGAGUUUGGACCAGUAGCCCUCAAAAAUAGUGUUUGAGGUCAAGGGUCAGUAACAUGUUGCUAAACACUUUGCUAAAAUGCUUAUUCAAUCCCUGGUUUAGCUGACUGUCAAACAAUGUGAUAUGCUGUGCAGCUAUAUAUAUCACUUUAGAACUUGCUAUUUUACAUCUUCCCACCAUCCAUUCCAUGUCUUUUGUAGCCUGUUAAUUUUAUUUUGGCUUUUACAUUGUGAUUGUUUGGGGUUAAGCAGGGUGGUCCCAUGCACAUCUGGCUGGGUGACGAGGAAAUGUGGUUAUUCAUUUUCUAGUUAAGACAUCAGGCGCACCUGUCAGCAAUACAGUGAGGGUUAGCUGUCCUGGGUUCAGCUCUUGUCUCGGGCAUGCUGUUCGUUCUCUGCAUGUGGCAUCUGUUUACAGGAUGUGCUGCCUUGCUGUAAUAUAGCCUAAAAGUGUAAAAACCCCAAUUUCCCCAGCUCUAGUUAAGAUGAGUGAUAUUUUAUUUGAAGAUGAGUGAAUUGUUCUUUCAAAUAUUGUUGCAAGUCAUGGUUUAUGCAUGUACCACAGACUAAGAUGAUCAUUGCAACACAAUGUCAACAUAAAAAAGCAUAUUUACAGGUGCAAAACAGGUGAAGGUAUAGAUUUAGUCUGCAGCAUAUGUUUAUAAUUUGGCUUUACUGCACAGUAAAUUAAUAUAAUUGAUUUAUGGUGUAGUUUUUUUUUUGGAGGGGAGAGUGAAGCUAUUCACUGUACAAAUGAAUAAUUUUUUUUCUAGUCCAGCAGUUUGCAUAGUAUAUGGAAGCAAAAGUUCAUUAUCGUUGAGGACUAACGUGUAAUUUUUUUAGUGAUAUUAAAAAUUAUAGCAAAUAAUUUCUUGCAAGACAGAAACGUGAAAAUAAGCCUUUUGCAUACUGUUUGGAAAGUAAACUUCUGUUUAAUUUCUCAGGGGAAUGGAAGUUCCAUUAGUUAAUGUAUAUUUGUGAAAAUGUGUUGUAUAGUACAGAUGUUAGAAAUAUUUAGUUUUGUUUACUCAUGCCUCACUAGCUGGCAGUGUUAUAUAGACUUCAGGGUUAACAGGUUGAAGAUAUUUUUGCUAAAUGCACCAGGUUUGCACCAUACCGAGUAUACAGAGAUAGCUGUCUAAAAGGCAUACUCAGCAUGAAACAAAAGUUGUCCUGACAUUCCUGUAGUCUGUCACCGCAUACUCAUUAUAGUGGCCAGAGGGUUAGGGUUAGUAAUAUUAUGUAUAUAAUACUAUGUAGAUGUCACAGCAUAUCUCAGUAUUCAAUGCUCUACACUAACAAGGGAUUUAACUCUCUGGCCACUAUACUGAGCAUGCGGUGACAGAUUACAGGAACGUCAGGACAGUUUUUGUCGCAUGCUGAGUCUGGCUUUUAGACAGCUGUCUAUGUAUACUCGGUAUGGUGUGAACCGGCUGCUAAAUGUGAUAACAUAAGAAUCGUGACAGGAAUGAUAGCUGAAGCGUGUGUGCAGACAUCUUGAGAAACAAAUCUAGGACACAGCUUCCCCAACUCAAAAGACAAUAAAUGCAGCGAAGAGAAAAUGUCCUAGGAAAGAAGCACCAGCAGUUGAUGUCUGUGCAAAAAGCUUUUAAAAACAUGUUCAUGUUUAUUGCCUAUGUGCUGAUUUGUAUUGAAAAGAGACUGUGGUGGUAGGUUUAAUACUUGUUCUGCCCUAGCAGUUUCUUAGGCUAAGUUGUUCCUGAGUUGAUAAUGACUAUGAACUCUGAUUCCAACACCAUGUGGUCCAUUUUAGUGUUCGUUUUUUUUUUUUGUUGUUGUUUUUUUUUUGUGGUUUUAUUUUUAGCAUCAAAGUAUGCAUACUUUCACAUUGGUGAAAGACUACACCAUUAAGUUUGGGUGGGAGUGGGGGUGCUUUUUAUAAAUAAUUUGGAGGAUACCUGAGACUGCCAUCAUAUGUUUGAACUUUUUAAAAUUUAAACUUCAGAAUUGUGAAAGUGUUUCCUUGUUUACUUUCUUUGCAUGCUGUUGCUAAGAUGGUGAAGUGUCCAGCAGUUCCUGAAAAAAUUCAACUUGCAAUGUAUUCAUUGAGUUCAUUUUAUUAAAAAGAAAAUGAAUUGCUAA